GAAGGUGUCUCUGGCCUCUGGCGCGGGAGGGGGUGGGGGAGAAAAGUGCAAGGGAGUUCUUGGGCCCUGGCUCUGAAAUUUGGGGAAGGUGCUGCUUUGCUCUCCUGUCAACCCCAGCCGGGCAUGGUAGGGUUUGUCUCUGGCGUCAAAGGCAGGAACAACUAAACCUCUACAGGUAUCGUUGACGGUGAGACUCGAAAGCAGGCUUUUCACUUCUCGUGGGUCUGGGGAGCCCCUGAGGUUGUGCCCUUUGACCUUUGACUUGUGUGCAGCUUCUGCUUCUUCUCCAGACAAUCUGAUAUUCCAUAUGAAAAAUGGGAUAAGAAGGAUCAAGUACAAACCAGUAGACUAUCAACAAUUACACACAUUAACUGAAGCAAAAAAAUCAGCUUCUGCUUCUAUACAACUAAAAAUCAAAAAAACAGUACAGACUUCAAAGAACUCUAAAGAGCAAACACUAAUAAAACAACACAAGCAAGUGUGGUGGCAAGAACACCAAAGGCUAAAUGAACUCAGAUGUAAAGUUGAAUUGGAAAUAAAAUCCUUUCUCAAUGAAGAGAAACUUGGAAGUGAAUGUCUUUCUAACUUUAUGGAUUUGGAACAAGAGUUAUCAGAACAAUGGUGUGUGUAUCUUAAAAAUGUGAUAGAUCCUGUUCAGCAGCUGAGAGCAGAUCUGAAAUACAGACAGCAUCACAUUUUACAGCGUUCGGGUCCACAUAAUGAGUUUAACUCAGUGAAAGUGCUAGAAGAGGUUGACUUUGUGAAGAAACAACUGAAAGCUGUUUUUGAAAGACUUAAUCUGGAGCAACAGAAAAUACAAAAUGAUCUUUCAGAUUGGAGUAUGAAAAUACUAGAUCAUUCUUUGGAAGAAAAAAGUAACCUGCUUAGUGAACUGCCCAUGGAAUUAGAAACUUUGGAAUGUCCAUACCCUGAUUUGAAAUCUUCAAUCCUUAGUGAGUUCUGUAACUUUACAGAGAAAUAUCAAAAGAAACUUCAAGAUUUUGAUCUGCAGUUAGAAGAUAUAUACAGAAACUUCCAGUUAAGUGAAGAAGACCACUGGAUUUACCAGGCUAUUUUGGAUCAGUAUCCUGGAGAUCUCUUUGCCAGAAGGACUCUGUAUCUGGACAUGUUACGAAGAUAUUUUCCUCACAAAUCUAGGCAUGAUCUGGUUGAACAUGAGAAAUAUUGUGACCAAUAUCGCUUUGCUAGGGAGCAGCGAAAGAUCUUAGUAUCAAAUUGGAAUAAGAAUAGGAAAGACUUUAUACAGAAGGCUGUGAUGACCCUUGCUGAGGCCUGUGCAACUCAUGAAAUGGAGAGUACAUUGGCUAAAGACAGGAAAAAGCAACAGGAAUUGUGUGCUGAUCUGAAAGCCAAGGUUCUUCAAUGGCGAGCCCACCAGGAAGAGGUAGCAAGACUAGAAAUGGAUAUUGUUGUCAGAAGAAGAGAAAAGGAAAAGGAGAAAGAGAAACUGUGGAAGAAGAAGGAAUUAUUGCAAAGAGAGGAGAAGAAAGAAAAAAUAAGAAAAUACUGGGCUAAGAAGGAACAGAAAUGGCAAGAAAUGGAAAUGAGAGAUCUUCAGCGUCUGGAAGAACUGAAGAAAUUAAUGGCUGAACAGUCAGUGAAAGACAGAGAAAGGGUUAAAUAUAGACAAGAAUUAUUGGAAAAGCGUUUGAUGGAGAAAAAAGAAGUGGCCCUUCAGGAAGCACACGCUGAAGAAGAGAGAGAGAGGCGACUAGAAGCCCUCAGGAGACAGGUUGCUAUUGUGGCUCAAUUUGAUCCUGUUAGAAUGAUGUCAGAUACAGUGGCAUCAAAAGCUAGGAUGAGGAUUGGAAUUGAAGAAUUUAUUCUUCAAAAGCCACUCUUCACAUUGAAUACAUACAAUGAACAGCAGAUAAUUUCUGACCCUAGACUUCGCUUUGAGUUAGCACUUCGAGAAGCCGGACUUCAUAAAACGUUUUAUGCCAAAGAGAUAUUACCAAAAAUUAGUCCUCAAAAACCUCCAAGAAAGGACAUGGAGUCUACUGUAUUUAAAAUCUAGAGCUCAUCUUCAAAUCCUAUUAUAUGUAUAUGAGAUUUUUCCUUGAAUACAGUUAUAUAUAAUAAUAAUUUCUAGUUUCUAAAAUUUUUAAAAUAUUAGACAUGGAAAUAAAUCAUAGCAUCUAUUAAAAUAACUUUGCCUUUGUUUUAUGA